GACUUCACCUACCUUCUCUAGUUCUCUGUCUGCCUAGUAGUAUACACCGUGUUCGUCUACUUCAGAACCAUUAAAAAGUUUAAUUAAAACAUUACUUUUAUCGCGCAAUAUGGCUAAACUAAACUAUUAUAUUUUUUAAAUUAACUUCCUAUUGUUGGAAAUAUUGAUAUUAUGAAAAUGUGUGUGUGUGUUAUUUAGAGCUCAACAUUUGUAAAAUCAUGAAGAUAACUACUGCCAUAAUGUUUCUAAAGUAACAUGAGAUUAUAAACUAAUAAAUUGUAGAAUUACCACUUAACGUGUCUUGUCAUAGUAUCGUGGCAACAUUUACAUUAGAUACAUUCCUGAAUUUCAUGUUUCAUGCACGCUGGUGAAUAGAGUUCGUCAUGAAAAUAAAAACAUAAAUGAUUAUUUUUUUCGAUAUUGAUAUUAUAGAAUUAGCAAUUACAUCGUUGGGUUAUGUGCCUAGAGUAUAAGAUUUGAAUUUUUCUAAAACAAAAAUAUAAUAUUGGGCUGGUGUUGGAAUGUGUUGUGUUGACACUUGAAAGUGUUUGUUUGGAAGAAGCAUCUUGAAUUAUAUAUUUCUGCCUGAAGAAUGGCACUGGGAGGAUCGACCUACUUGAAAAGCACCACAAUGCUGGAGCAACUCUUGGAGGAAAUUAAUUUUCAAAGGACGAAGGAGAUGCGUCAGCUGAUGAAGGAUGAUUGUGGUUUCGUAGUGCUACAAGGAACGACAUAUUGGACAGAUCUGUUCGUGCGGCACUUUCUGUUUCAAGAGGAGCAGUCGAUAGACUGUGACGAUUUGUUGUUUUUUGUAAGAAAACGCCACGUGAAGGGCUCCUCGCGCUACCUGCCCAAGUACGAGACCGACGUCGAGGUGUUCCGGAAGGAUUCCAAGAAGCUGCCCAUCGGAGACCCCGAGAUAGACUGGGAGGAGACGGUCUACCUUAAUCUGAUCGUGCAUCAGUUUGACUACACGCUAACGCUGGCCAUCUGCACGCGGACCAGUCCCAAGGAGCUGCAGGUCCUCAAGCGGCACUCGCAAAAGGUGUACGCGUCGCCCAGCCGCCGCAAGAUGGACACGAAGGGCGAGGGCGAGGAGAUGACCUACCCCCACAUCUGCUUCAUGGUGGACAACUUCGACGAGGUGUUCUGCGACAUAGUGGUGCGCGACGGCGAGAUGGUGUGCGUGGAGCUGGUGGCGCGUGGCCGGGGCUGCGCCGCGCAGGCCGUCAUCUUCCUCGGCUCCAUCCGCUACGACAUCCUCACCAGGGUCUAUGACUCCAGGCAAACGUCGCUGUCGACGAAGGUGGCGCAGCGCAUGUCGUUCGGGCUGCUGGGCGGCAAGACGGAGCGCUGCGAGUUCGUGCGCAUGAAGCCCAGCGGCAAGGGCCACGCCGAGAUGGCGGUGUCGCGGCCCCACGCCACCGGCCUCGACACGCCCUCCUCCGAGCCCGGCCUGCCCGCCACCGACAUGUGGGACAGCGACUGGGACGACGACCCCGAGGAGAUGUUCAUGUACAGGCACCAGCGCCGGCUGAGUGACCCGAGCGCGAACAUCAACAACUUCGUCCGCGGCGGGUGGCGCACGCGGGACUCGCGCGACAAGAGCCCCGAGAAUGAGGGGCUGGACUCACUCGUCAACGGCAUCGCUGAAGUGGAGGCGGGUGACCUGCGCGACGAGCUGGACGACGGCGCGUACAACCCGCUGUGGGCGACGCGCGGCUUCACGCAGACCUUCCACCUGUGGAAGGAGGGCAAGCGCCAGCAGUCCACGCCGCUCAACGCCUACCUCACCUACGUCACGCUGCCCUGGUGGACCAUCGCCAAAGACAUCCUGGACCACCGCGAGGAGCCGGUGCUGACGUUCUGAGUGUCCGACUGACCUCGACGUUUUGUACUCUGUACACACACCCUCACGACGCCGUGCGGACCCCAACCAACGCACAAACUUACUCUAAGAACUGUUGUUUAGUGAUAAACUGAACUCAAUCCAGCCCUGUGAGAUGUCCAUUCCAAUACUAAUUAUUUACUUAUACAAAAAUGUUACAUGUUACGAGCUUCGAACUCGCUACAAAAACUGAUGAAAGAAAUCUAAUUUUAUCCUUAUUUAAUAAGCCAAAAUGAUAGAUCUUCCUAUGAUAAAGUUAGUUUAAAAUUUAAGUGACCACAUUGACACAAGUUCUUGGCCUGAAUGUAGCCUUUGCUAGGACUUGCGAGGACUUCCGAUAUUGAACAAUGAAGAUUUAUGUCGUUUUCGCUGAAAACCAUGUGGGUACUUUAGCAUAAAUGACACCUCCUAUUGAAUAGGUACUUUAAACUGUAACAUCGUUAUUAAAAACAGGAAAUAUUGUAAGAAUAAUACAUGGUAUUCAGCUAUAAAAGGACUGUUCUAUACCUACCCCAUGUGUCCAUAAUACCCACACAGCUAUAGACACGUAAGUCAUGGUGUAUCAUAUAGUGAGGGUGUAAUGAUUGCCUUAUGGUCCGGCGUGUCUUUCUGAAUAUUUCGGUGUCGUGUGUCGUGUCUCUGAUAUUACGUGUACUACGCUUGCGCUACACUUGUGAUCACUCAACUUCAUUUCAUUUAGAUAUAACUUCAAAAGUAUUUUAUACUUGACAAGGAAAAUGUCCUCAGCAAUAUUACAAAAGGAACAAAUAGAUUUUAGGCCUUUAGUUUCAAACAAUUAAUAUUUUCCUCGAUAAACAAUGGAGGAUAUAUAUUUAAUUAAUCAGUUAAAUUCAUUACCACUAUAAGGAAAUGUUAAACUAUUGCAUCAGUAAAACAAACAUUUGUUUUCAAUAUUUGCCUCCGCGCUCGUACUUGCUAACAAUAUUAGUUUUGUCAUCACAUUUAC